GAGAGAGAGAGAGAGAGAGAGAGAGCAGUAAUGUUGCAGAAAACACAGAGGGAGGCUGAGACGUCUGCCAUGUGGCUUCUUAACUUUAUCCAUGAAAAUAAUUCUCCUUUCUCUCUCUAGCUCCUCACUCUCUCUCUCUAGUCGGUACAGUUGUAUUUACAGGCCUACGCAGCUGCCAGAGCGAUGUGAUUGAACGAUUGCAGGCUUUCGUUUUAUGGGUUGAAGAAGAAAAGCUCUCUCUCUCUCUCUCUCUCUCUCUCUCUCUCUCUCACAUUCUGAAUAUCUCUCUUCGAAUCGAGGACUUUCGGGAAAAAGGAAAGGGAAAAGAAAUAUACCACAGCUUAAGGGGUUGGAGAAUUUUUUUAUUGCCCAAAAUGUUCCUCAGCUUGGGAAGCUCUGUUUUUGUAAAGGUAGUUCAAUGUAGGCGGGUCCAAGGAGAGGAGGAGGAAGAGGUGGGAUUCUUUUAGCUUUUGGGGGUGUACGGAUUCUCUGUUUUCUUUGGGAACUGGAGUUUGUUGGGUAGUUUGUGAAAUGAGGUUUGAUGGGAGGGCAGUAAUGGCAUUUCGGGUGGAGUUUGUGCUUCUGGUUCUUCUUCUUGGGUGUGUGAGCUUCGGUUAUGGGGACUCACAGAACGAUCAAGGAAGAACACUGCUGGGGAUAAAGAAGGCAUUUAGGGAUGUGGACAAUGUUCUCUAUGAAUGGACAGAUUCACCCUCUUUAGAUUACUGUGUUUGGAGAGGCGUCACAUGUGAUAACUCUCUCAAUGUCAUUGCACUUAAUCUAUCAGGUUUGAAUCUUGGAGGGGAAAUCUCAUCUGUGAUCGGAGAUCUCGAAAGCCUGCAGUCUAUUGAUUUGAGGGGAAACCACCUUUCCGGCCAGAUCCCGGAUGAGAUUGGUGACUGUGUAGCACUGCGAAACCUGGACUUGUCCUUCAAUGAGAUAUUUGGAGACAUACCAUUUUCGAUAUCCAAGUUGAAACAGCUUGAAAAUCUGAUUUUAAAAAAUAAUCAAUUGAUCGGACCACUUCCUUCAACGCUGUCCCAGAUUCCAAACCUGAAGAUUUUAGACCUAGCACAGAAUAAUCUCAGUGGGGAGAUACCAAGGCUUAUUUACUGGAAUGAGCUACAGUAUCUUGGCUUGCGAGGGAACAAUUUAGUUGGAACACUUUCUCCAGAUAUGUGCCAGUUAACUGGGUUAUGGUAUUUUGAUGUGAGAAAUAACAGCUUGACCGGUAGCAUUCCUCAAAACAUAGGGAACUGCACUGCCUUCCAGGUUUUGGAUCUAUCCUACAACCAGCUAACUGGAGGGAUUCCGUUUAAUAUCGGGUUUCUGCAAGUUGCGACCUUGUCAUUACAAGGUAAUCAACUUUCUGGGCCUAUCCCAUCCGUGAUUGGCCUGAUGCAGGCUCUCGCUGUCUUGGAUUUGAGCAGCAACGCUUUAAGUGGACCAAUCCCUCCUAUCCUAGGGAAUUUGACUUAUACAGAGAAACUGUAUUUGCAUGCUAACAAGCUUAAUGGAUCAAUCCCCCCAGAGCUUGGACAGAUGUCAAAGCUUCAUUAUUUGGAGUUGAAUGAUAACCAUCUUACAGGACAUAUUCCACCGGAACUUGGGAAGCUGACCGAUUUGUAUGACCUUAACGUUGCGAACAACUAUCUUCAAGGACCUAUCCCUGAUAAUCUCAGCUCGUGUACAAAUCUCAACAGCCUCAAUGUGCAUGGGAACAAGUUGAGUGGAACCAUCCCGCCUGCUCUUCAGAGGCUGGAGAGUAUGACUUACUUAAAUCUGUCCUCCAACUAUCUUCGUGGUCCAAUUCCUAUCGAGCUGUCUUUUAUUGGUAACUUGGAUACCUUGGAUAUUUCAAAUAACAAAAUAAGUGGAACCAUUCCUUCAUCACUUGGGGAUUUGGAACAUCUUCUAAAGCUGAAUUUGAGUCGAAACCAUUUAACGGGAUUUAUUCCAGGGGAGUUUGGUAAUUUAAGGAGUGUUAUGGAAAUAGACCUUUCAAAUAAUCAGCUCACAGGAUUAAUUCCUCGAGAGCUCAGUCAGCUACAGAACAUGAAUUUAUUGAGAUUAGAGCACAACAAUAUAUCCGGGGAUGUGGUAUCACUGAUAAACUGCUUCAGCCUUUCUGUACUAAAUGUAUCUUACAACAACCUGGCAGGCGACGUUCCCACGAGCAAGAACUUCUCAAGGUUUUCACCAGACAGUUUUAUUGGAAAUCCUGAUCUUUGUGGCCCUUGGCUCGAUUCUCGAUGUCAUGAGUCUCGUCCAACAGAGCGAGCCACACUAUCUAAACCUGCUAUCCUGGGAAUUGCUCUUGGGGCCCUUGUGAUUCUUCUCAUGAUUCUUAUUGCUGUAUGCCGGCCAUAUAAUCCAACUCCUUUUUCUGAUGGUUCAUUUGACAAACCGGUUAAUUACUCAAAUCCGAAGCUGGUGAUCCUUCACAUGAAUUUGGCACUUCAUGUGUACGAGGACAUCAUGAGGAUGACUGAAAACUUGAGCGAGAAGUAUAUAAUUGGUUACGGUGCAUCAAGUACAGUGUACAAAUGUGUUCUGAAAAAUUGUAAGCCAGUGGCCAUCAAGAAACUCUACACCCAGUAUCAUCGGUGCAUGAAGGAAUUUGAGACAGAACUUGCGACAGUUGGAAGCAUCAAGCAUCGGAAUCUGGUGAGCCUCCAGGGGUACUCCUUGUCCUCCUCCGGAAACCUUCUCUUUUACGACUACAUGGAAAAUGGCAGUCUCUGGGAUCACCUUCAUGGCCCUUUCAAGAAGAAGAAGCUCGACUGGACAACUCGUCUCCAGAUUGCCCUUGGAGCAGCCCAAGGGCUUGCCUAUCUGCAUCAUGAUUGCAGCCCCCGAAUCAUACACCGGGAUGUCAAGUCGUCCAAUAUUCUAUUGGACAAGGAUUUCGAAGCUCAUCUAAAUGAUUUCGGCAUUGCCAAGACCUUAUGCCACUCAAAGACCCAUACGUCUACUUACUUAAUGGGCACGAUUGGCUACAUAGACCCUGAGUAUGCGCGAACUUCCCGCCUCAGGAAGUCCGAUGUGUAUAGUUAUGGAAUUGUUCUGCUGGAGUUGCUGACAGGAAGAAAAGCCGUAGACAAUGAAUCCAAUCUCCAUCAUUUGAUAUUAUCCAAGACGGAGAGCAAUGCUGUCAUGGAAACCGUAGACCCCGAGAUCUUGCCAACAUGCACAGACCUCGGACCGGUGAAGAAGGUCUUCCAGCUUGCCCUUCUGUGCACAAAGCGGCAGCCAACAGACCGGCCAACAAUGCACGAAGUAACUCGCGUGUUGGCCAGUCUCAUGCCUUGCCCCGCACCACCAAAACAACCAACCCCUGCCAACCCGCCAUCGUCACAGCUCCCGAUCACCAAAGUGCCGUGCUACGUGGACGAGUACGUGAAUCUGAAAACGCCACACAUGCUGAAUUGUCCAUCAAUGAGCACCUCAGAUGCCCAGCUGUUUCUCAAGUUUGGAGAGGUAAUUCUCAGAACAGUGAGUGAAAAAUGAAGCAUUUGGAGAGGAAGUAUUAUUAUAUAUUAUAUGUUAUGAAAAAUCUUGAAAAAAAUAGUGGGAAAGUAGGAAGGCUGAGUUGGUUGAAAAUGUGUACAAAGAUUUGGCUUUUCAGCUUGUCGUAGGUGGAAAGAUGGGAAAAAGAUGAACAACUUUUUAGUAACAUCUGAGUGUAGUAACUUUGUUCUCUCUUAAUCGAGCAAUAUUCUAAUUCUAAUUGAAAAA